AUGUCACAUCAUUAUUCACCUAAGUCAAGUGUAAUCUCCGGUCCCGGUGGGGGUACUCGAUCUGCGAGUGACGUAUGCGAUAACACUGAACCGUUCAGUUACGGGAAUGGUGAUUCCCGCCGAGACCAUGUCCGCUUUGCCGCUGAACUGGGCAGCGCCGUUGAAGAAACUGUUACAUCAAUUGUAACAAGACAUGGCGGUUCUGGUGUUGACAAGAGCCUUGCCUGGGAAACCAUCCAGAGUCUCGCAAGGUCCAAGCUUGAUGGACUCACAGGCAACCUGAUAGCACAAGGGACCCAAGGCUUUUACACUUCUAAUAACUUUGUAUCUGCAGCUGGCGCCUCGCUUUUCUCUCCUGAAAAUGCCGACUUUAUGAACCACGAUGUCCCAUUCAUGACAGACUUGGGCGCAUUCUUCCCUGAUGAUCAGCCUCUUGGCCUCGAAGAUUUUCAGACUCUGGAAGUUCCAGACUUCGGACAUGCCAUCUAUGAUGAUGGACCCUUUUCACAGAUGCCCAUUUCAACUCCCUCGUCCGGAACUAUUACUCUCCCGGCUAAUAGUCCAUCCUUACAAGAUCCGUGGCCUGAUGGAAUUUCCGUUGAGUCUUCUGCGACGGGAAGUACACACACUAUCACAACUAGUCCAGCCCCUAGACACCAUGUUGUAGCGCCUCAACACGCGGGACAAGGACUCGCGAUUCCUCAAGCACGUCACGAUGGUUCUAGGCCCCAGAGAAGCUUUAGACCUCCUUCCAAGCGUUCUGUAGCCCAAGCCGAUCGCUUAGCGCAAAGUAACACCGCAAAACUAUCAGAUAAGCGCUCUAGGCUUGGAAGACCUUGUCAACGACCUAGUUGUGUUCGUUGUAAAAUUCAGAAAAGAAAAUGCCAUGGAAACGCAAAGGCUUGCGAGUCUUGUCUGUCAUCUAGGUAUCGGGAUCUCUGUGUUCCCGCAGAUUUCAAAGGGUUGCGAACUCUACUUCAUAGCUUGUACCAAACACGUAUCCAAUCUUUACUCGACAAUGUCGCUGGAUGGUUCCCGAUAGAGCCUUCUAAUACAGUAACUAUCGAAAUCUCAAAUGGAUUUAUACCAACGUUACAAGUGACAUUGAAGCCGUACAUCCCCUUCAACCGGGAUGCUCUAACUCAUGUCCUGUUUCGCGGGACUGAAGCUGGCAUGAUAACUCCGCGGGCUGAAAGCACGGCGUAUUCUUUGGAAGACGGUACUCUCAACCCGGAGAAGAUUGACACCUAUUGUGAUAGUCUUGCAUUCGAUCUAGCACUGAACGAAGGAAGACAAACAGCGGACAGGAAUAGACUGGCAAGCCAUAUUCUUAUGUUUGCUACUACACAAUGUGCAGAGCUUCAAGAAGUAUCGAGCAUCGAAGGGAUCGACUUGGUACAGCUUGCCCUGCGAUUUUGGGCCAUGCAGGCUGUGUUUUUCAAGUUUCCCUGGACGAUAGAGAAAGGUGCUUCAAAGAUCGGCAUGCGGCCCCUGGAUAUCCCUGGAUGCUGGUUUGGAAAGACGCUACUCCCGCGACUUGUCAACCAACAGCUCGACAGGGCCUUCGAGAUCCGUAUGGAUGAACUGGAGCGAGAGAUCCUUGAACGGCUUCAAGAGAUGAUCCUCUGCCGUGACCGAAGCACGUACUGGUUUGCCAUAUUCCUAACAACAUUUAUACUAUUACAUAGUCUGGAGAAAGACUCAUGGAACAUGCACGCGUGGGAGUACGAGAAGAACCGUGAAGGGGGAACUCGCUGGCCUCUGCGAAGAGAUCCGUGUGAUUACUAUGGCCAGAACAAACAUAUCGCGGAUACACUGACAACAUAUUUCCGUAUUGUGACGAAUGGGCAUGCGCCGUUUACCUUGGACUGGACAAAGGCUUCAAAUAAAGGACUUCUGGGUGAGAGUUUGCAUACUCGAUCACUGAUUGAGGGCAUUCAGGAGGAUCUUCAGAGUCCCCAGUCCACCUACAGGGGGGAGCUGGACGUCGCAAAUGAGUUCCGAAGAGAUGAUGUUGAGAGCUUGAACUAUCACUACACCAAGAGAUUAAUUUUGGGUUAG